GUGUGCGCGAGCCGGAUGAACCGAACAGAGCGGCCCGUGUUGUCCGGGCGCACGCGAUCGAGCGACCGGGUCCUUGCUUUUACCGCUUCCUUCCGUUCGAGCGUGCAUACCCGACCCCGAGGAUAUACUACUUGCUCCUCUUCGUCUUUGCCCCACUGUUAUAUUUGCCGCCGGCGCCGUGAAGUCCUCCUGUGUGCUCCAGUUCUUGCCCGAUUCCCAGCCGCGGAUCCCGAUCUUGCCUAGCUUCGUCCAGAAACUGGGAUUUUCCAAAAGCUAACUGCCAUUCCCUGUUGAUUACCUGCCGCGGCAUCGAGAUUUCACCAUGAGCGCGACGAGAUCGUUCUUCUCGUCCAGGAAGAAGGCCGCCAACGGCCCGGGCGCCUCGCGGGCCAACCCGUUCGACUCCGACUCCGACGACGGCGAGAAGCAUCAGCAGAGGCCAGCCAGGGCCUCUUCCGUGCCUCCCCCGGCCGGCCAGCGGGAUUCCCUCUUCGGCGCUGGUGAGAGGGGCGGCCUCUUCUCCUCCUCGUCGUCGGCGAUGCCGGUGUCCGCGAUGAGCAGGCACUACCGUAACGACUUCCGCGACGCCGGCGGCCUGGAGAGCCAGUCGAUGCAGGAGCUAGAGGGCUACGCGGCGUACAAGGCAGAGGAGACCACGCGGCGAGCGCAGGGCUGCGUCAGGAUCGCCGAGGAGAUGAGGGACACCGCCUCCAAGACCCUCGUCACGGUCCACCAGCAGGGACAGCAGAUCCACCGCACACACAUGAUGGCCGUCGACAUCGACCAGGAUCUCUCCAGGAGUGAAAAGCUACUGGGUGACCUUGGGGGCCUAUUUUCCAAGAAGUGGAAGCCAAAGAAGAACGGCACAAUCAGGGGUCCUAUGCUAACUAGAGAUGAUUCCUUCAUAAGGAAGGGCAGUCAUUUGGAGCAAAGGCAGAAAUUGGGGCUGGCUGAUCAUCCGCCUCAAUCAAAUGUGCGCCAAGUCUGUUCUGAGUCCACAUCAGCGCUCGAGAAAGUCGAGGUGGAGAAGGCAAAGCAGGAUGAUGCUCUGUCUGACUUAAGCGAUAUUUUGACCGAGCUGAAAGGGAUGGCCGUUGACAUGGGCUCUGAGAUCGAAAGGCAAACAAAGUCAAUGGUUGAUGCUGAGAAGGAUUAUGAUGAGCUGAACUUCAGGGUCAAGGGAGCAAACACCCGAGCUCGGCGUCUGCUUGGGAGAUAAAGAACAUAAUUUCUUCUCUCCGAAAGAUCCAUAUAACAUUGGCAAAUCUUUGGGGUGCUCUCGACUCCUCUCUUUUGCAGCUUAUAGAUCAUUAAGUCUGAUUAUUUUGUGCGUCAUAUUUUGAUCAGUAUGGUUGGUUGUGGACAUGUCAGCAUUUAUUGUACUUGUACAUAUGCUAUAGACUGUCAUAUAUUCUGUAUGUUUUACUCUUUUUUUGUAAUCUACCAAUUGUUUAGCAUUGCUUGAGCUUCAUUUA